AUGGAAAGGUAUUACUCUCGGGUGUUCGUCUAUAACUUAGAUAUCUGGGUGUCAGCCAGAAAAAUGCGUCUUCGUCCCACUGUGGAGUGGAAGCAUGCCGUCUCGCUCUUUGCCAAAACGGUACGACCGGAUGCGACCGUGGAACGAGAAUCGCGUCCGAACGUAGCGGACGAGAACCUUCGUUUUCCUCGCGGUGAAAACGACGCGAUUCGGGACUCGGAUCCUUUUCGCGCGACGGAGACCGAGCGAAACCCGAUGUCGCUCUAUUCCUUCCGUAGAGUCGAGGACAUCGGGAGUCUGGCGGCCUUCACCGACCUGCGGGAGCUGAGCGCGAACAACAACCCUCUGUCGUGGGACGCGGACGCCGUGGCUCACCUCAUCUCCGUGUUCCCUCGGCUCCACUUCCUCGACGGCACCACCGUCACCCGCUCCAAGCGGGAAGCCGCCCUCGAGCGGCUGCGACGACUCGAGGAGAAAGACGAGCAGGAGGUCGAGAGGGAAGACCUGAAGGAAGAGGCGAUGACCAACGCCAAGAAGCGAUGGGAACUCAUCAAGAAUCAGGCCCUGAAGCUGUCUCGGAUCGGAAUGACUUUAUCCGGGUUUCGCGAUAAGGAUCCGGCUGCGGCGAGCCGUCGUCCGGUGGAUCCGGUCCAGCCCCCUCCGGUCUCUCCUCGACCCCUUUCGAUCCCCUCGAUCCCUUCGAUCCCUCCGAUCCCUUCUCGGCCCGAAACGGCGAAGAAGAUGCGAACCCAGCGCGUGCCGAACCGCAUCGACCUGAGCCUCCAUCCUCUGGUGGCGAAACCGGAAUCCGCUCCGAAGCAGAAGACUUUCCUCAAGACUCCGGACGACGUCAAGAAUCUCCUGUCCAUCCUGAACCUGUUCUCCCGGCAGCCGGGGACUCCGCCGAGCCGGUCCGACCGGACGGAAUCCCGUCGAGACUCCUCCUCGAGUUCCUCCUCCUCUUCCUCUUCCGCUUCCGAGGAAUCCGAGGAGGAGUCGGAAGAAGACGCGGCGGAAGAGGAAUCGGAACGGACGAACGGACCGGAGGAAGAUCCGAAGCCGCAGCGGAAGUCGGGAACGGACGACGCGACGAAGAACGCGCCGGACACCAUCACCAAACACGGGAAAGACUACGUGAUCGAGAUGAGUCACGGCACUCUCUGCCUCACCGGUCAGGACGCCCUCAAGCAUCUCGACACCAGAUGGAUGAGAGGCCUCAAGGUGACGGAAGUCCAGUUCCGCUGGACCCCUUAUCCCGAGUGCGUGUCGGCGUUCCCGAGACUCCGAGACGCGCAUCCCGGCAUCACUCGCUUCCGCUUCUCCUCGACCUGCCUGGACCGACUGGGGCAGGUGAACGCGCUGGCCGCCUUCAGGAACGUCCACUGCCUCGAAGUCGACCCGGAGGGAAACGCCGUCCUCCGACAUCCGCAGUGGAGGGCUUACGUCGUCUACAGACUCGGGACCCGCCGUCUCGAUUCCAUCAACGGCAUCGAGGUCCGACCGUUUCCGCUCUUCCGUGCGCAAAUCGUCCCUCCGUUUCGAUCUGCGGCUCGCGAAUAUCGAGGAUCCCCCUGGAGUGACGCGUCUUUGACGUUCGUCGUGACGUGCAACGACGCGAUCGAAAAGGGAAUGGCGAAGCCAGAGGGGGAAUUUUUGAUUUUGCGAUCGAAUCGGCAGAGGCCUGGAUUCUCAGAGCUCGAGUCUUCGUGUCUGGAAUCCCCGACACGAAGCUCGAUGUUCUUCAAACGUCGGUUCUCCGUGCGAGAAAAACGUACGAUUGCUCCUUCGAAAAAGGUGGAAUCGUGCACGUUCGUCCUCGUCUCCGCUCGGCUUCGCGCAUCCGCGUUCUCGAACUCGUUCGUUCUCGACGCCCGCAAGCAGCGCGUGACGGAGGAAGAGACCACGGCGGCGACCGCCCUGUUCUCCCCCCUCGGGCGCCUGGCGUUCUCGUGCCAGUCUCGCGAGGCCGUGUUGCACAUCUACGCCCAGCUGGCCGCCGGGAGCAAGCAAGACCUCCAGGGCUGGCUCCCGUCUCUCGUCCAAGAGGCCAUCGGGAGGGAGGCUCUCGCCAUCGACAACUCCGACUCCAAGGUACUCUUUCCAAACGAUCCCGACGGGAAUUUCGCCUCGCAUCGGUCUCGCGAUCUUCGUUCGGGCGGAGGGAGCGCUCGAACGGGGCGAACGUACGAAACUUUCGGAACGGCUGCAGGGUCGCAUCCUCGUCUUUGGUACGUGCCGAACCGUUUUCGACCGGUAAGUCUCAUCGGAGACACCCGAAAAACGGUUUAA